UCUUCACAUUCAGCACAUUAUAUGGAAGAAACAAGUAGUAGUACUACUCUAACUCCAAGAGCAUUGCUCUCUUUUCCGGGAACCCACUUGCCGGAGAGUCCCAGAGGGCCGAUGGAGUUCUUGUCGAGGUCUUGGAGUGUCUCAGCUCUUGAAGUUGCCAAAGUUCUCGCGCCUUCUUCUUCUUGCAACAAGUCAGCCAGUGCUUCUUCUUGCACUACAAAUUCUAUUCCUGAAGAUAUCGCCGGUGAAACUGAGGAGCUCAUCAAUGCCGCUUCUGGGUCUGCAAAUCAGUUCUCUUUCGCCUCUUCUGCAACUUCUCAGCUCGUUCUUGAACGUAUCAUGUCUCAAUCCGAAGUUUCACCAUUAACGUCCGGGCGGCUCUCUCACAGUAGUGGACCUUUGAAUGGAGGCUCUUUGACAGAAACAGACAGCCCUCCAGUGUCUCCCUCCGAAGAGUUCGACGACGUCGUUAAGUAUUUUCGUUGCCACAACUCCAUUCAACCCCUAUUCAAUAAUAACACACGCGCUAGUGCUAGCAACAUUGUUUGUAGCACCCCCGGUGGGAGAGCCAAGACUGUGGGGAGGUGGUUGAAGGAGAGAAAGGAGAAGAAGAAAGAAGAAAGCAGAACCCAGAAUGCGCAGCUCCACGCUGCUGUUUCAGUGGCUUCAGUGGCUGCUGCCAUAGCAGCCGUUACAGCAGCCACUGCUGCGUCUUCAUCUUCAAGAAAGAAUGAGCAGUCUGCCAAGACGGAUACGGCAGUGACAUCUGCGGCAACCUUGGUAGCUGCUCAGUGUGUGGAGGCAGCAGAAGCUAUGGGAGCUGAGCGCGACCACCUUGCUUCGGUCAUUAGCUCUGCUGUGAAUGUCCGUUCACAUGAUGACAUUCUCACUCUUACAGCUGCAGCAGCUACAGCUCUACGUGGGGCGGCAACAUUGAAAGCAAGAGCAUUGAAAGAGGUGCUGAAUGUUGCAGCGGUAUUACCUGUGGAGCGGGGUACUGGAGGGUCAGUUGGUGGUAGAGGCAAUAACAGUCAUCAUAAUCAUAGCCUUAGCGGAGAGCUUGCCCCUGGAGAUGGUUUUCUAAGUGCCUGUAGCCAAGAGUUCCUAGCCAAGGGUUCUGAACUUCUCAAACGAACCCGCACAGGUGACCUUCACUGGAAAAUUGUCUCUGUUUACAUCAACAAGACAGGCCAGGUGAUACUGAGGAUGAAGAGCAAACAUGUUGCAAAAACCAUCACCAAAAAGAAGAAAAAUGUAGUAUUAGGAGUAUGCAAAGACAUGCCAGCUUGGCCAGGAAGACACUUGUUCGACAGUGGCGAACAGCGUCACUACUUUGGAUUGAAGACAGAGGCACGAGGGGUGGUUGAAUUUGAGUGCAAGAACCAGAAAGAAUAUGAUAUCUGGACUCAGGGAGUCUCAAGACUUCUCGCCAUUGUUGCCGAAAGAAAGAAAAGAUUUUAAGUCUACUGAGGGGCCAGGGCCAGGCCACUGAGUCUUCUGAACAACAAAAACGAAUGAUAUAAUUCCUCUAGGCUCUAGCGGGAUAUGCAGAGCUGGUGGGGUAACUGAUGUGUAAGUUAUGAAAAGAGAUUCGCUUUGGCAUUAAAAAAAAAAAAAAA